UUUUGUCAACGACCGUGAACGAAGUUUGUCGCUCUGUCGACCUUUGUUCUCAUCAAUUCGACUCUCAGUCAGCCCGGGAUCACGCAGUGUAGUCUCGCUGUCACUGGGAUAAGUGAAAUCAGCGUUGUUUUUCCCCCGAACGUGCCUCAAUCUAUCGCUGCAGCAAUUUUUCAUUGACGAAGAAAUGAUGGCAGGUGGAUCCCCGAGUCUUGGUGACAAAGUGGUUGUCGUCACGAACGCAUUGUGCCGCUAUGAAGGAUACUAUCAUCAUGGUGAUACAGAUGCGCAAACAUUUACUCUAAACAAUGUUCGCUUUUUUGGUACCGAGCACCGUGAUACGCCGGCCGCGUACAACGCGUCGCCUCAGGUCUACGAAUCGAUUGUCAUGAAAAUGACUGACAUCAAGCAGUUCAACACCAUUAAAUCUCCUGUAUUGGCCGAUCCUGCUAUUGUAAGCGCUCGUGAACAAAGCGAGGAAGACGAACCCAAAUGUGAGUUUAGUUCGACAGGCCCGAAUUUGACUCGUGAGGUCGAGAAUUCACUAGAUGUAUAUCAAGGCAGCACUGGUGUGAGGCAGGCACCUCGGGGCCGAAUCUUUGUUGACGGCCUUUCAGGUCACACAGAGGGCAUGGUCAGGCACAGUGGGUCUCAGAGCGGAUCGUACCACUGUGGAUCUCUCGGAGGAUAUGGUAUUCAGGAAGGGAACGCUAACAACUUUAAUAUUGGAGGACGAGCACAUCAUCAGCGCAACGAUUGGCGUUCGAUCAAUCCGCGUAGUGAAGGAUCAUUCCCACAGAAACAUCCUGGGAUGCAACAGCAGCCAGUGGACGAUUUCAAUUUUGAAAAGGGCAUCCAAGAAUUCACUCGAUUAAGGUUAAAGAAUAUCUCCACCGAUGACGCUAAUAUCGAGGAGUGGCAGAACGAGGACGUUGCUAAGGAUAAACACCAAAGAAUUUCCCAUCACACUGAAGGGUACGACAAGGAAAAGAGCUUCUUCGAUAACCUAAGUGGAUCUACUGACUUUGACUCACCGAGACAACAGCAGAACCGCUUUAGCCGAAUGGGUAGCAGUCGAUCUGGCGAUUUUCAAACCGCCCGUUCCCGAAACCCGAAUGUGGAGACGUUCGGUGAAGAGACUGUUAAACAACUCUACGAAAUACGUAAAUACUCUCCAGAUCAUAGAAGCUCGAUUAGAAUUGGCGGCUAUAAUAGCUGGCAACGUCCAGGAGGAUUCUAUAUCAAUCGUCAGGGCCACUUGGGGAACAGAACCAAUUUUGCUAGCCGGCGACAGUGGUUUGGAGCCAGCGCAUAUGUAUAACAUCCGCAGCUGGUCAUUUCAAAGCAAGUAAAUUGGUGGGUGCUAAUUAGAACACAGAACAGCGGAGCGAUGGGCCGUCUACCUGAAACAACAAGCCGAUCUUAAUAAGAGACUGCUAGCUGAGAUGUCGAACAGUAAUGAAUUACUAUUGAAGUAAUCGCUUAUUUAGGGAAAGAGUUGCUUGAUAGUGGUAGCCUCUGAUCCCUCGAUUAAUGUAAAAGCCUGGUCAGUACUCCAAGAGCAAGGCAAGAGAUAGAUUGUAACGCUCAAGCAUUUGGGGUCGCACCGGGUCUAGUAUUGAAAGCCAUUUCCGAUUGUGAUCUUGCGUGGAUAGCCAGACCUGAUCCAUCGAGAAGAGUGUAAUUUUUCAUUUACGUUUUCCUCUCCAAGAAACAGUACGUUCUACGCCAAAGUCGGAGAACUCACCGUAGCAGUAGUAGGCGUUUUGUUUCAUAUACAGAAAUAAUGAAAAUACAAUAAACUGAUUAAUUUCUUUUAAAAAAAAUUAUGAUCCCAGUUUAGUUUUCCGUUCAGCGUCCGAGUGUGCGUGCUAUCUUUUUACUGCAUGCAAGCGCAGGACAAAUUUGGUAGGUCAAGUGUUAAUGGUCACUCUAUGCUUAGUUUAAUAAUAAUAAUAUAAUUAUGUGUGUGUACAGGUUAAAAUGUGACAUUUGGUUUUGAAAACUUACCACAAGGUACUCCGGUGAUAGUCUUUUUCAGCAAUCCUGUGGUAGUCUCGUUUAGCGAUCUGCUGUGCUGCGGUAUAUUCGUGAACUUUAAGGACAAAAGCACAUUUUUUUUUGUGUGCAAAAAAUGUGUAUAUUAUUCCGUAUUUGGUUGAAUAUUGACUAAUGCAACGUUCGUCUAUACUGAUUGCCACUUAAAUUUGGGACUCAAUAAUUAUUUUCUUAUGGGAGCGGUGCAUCAAGCCAUUUCAACGCGAUCUAAAUCGUUACAUACAAAAAAUUCAGGAGUUAGCUCAAGAAUUUCAAUAAUGCGAAGGAUCAAGGCAAGAAGGUCUCAAAAAAAUAUCAUUCUACUUUUAGGAGUAGCCGUUUAUUCCUAUACCAUAAAUACAGAAAUAUAGUUUGCAUGCAAUCUUCACAAAUAUUCGGUUUAAAAUCUAUUAUAAACCUAUAUUAUAUAUAUAUAUUAUAAAUAUAUAUUAUAUAUAUAUAUAUUAUAAAUCUAUUAUUUAAACCCUAUUAUAAAUCUUCCGGUUCGCCUCAUAAUCUUACUCUAAUGUUUCGGAAGUCAUAUGGAGUCUGCCAAUAACUGAGACCGUCGGUUUCGAGACAUUAAUUUUCUUAAUGGAGUAUGUUCUCCGCCAUGGCUACGAAUUAGUUACUCUUGCAACGAGAUUUUCACCAGUUUAACAGUGGUACCAGUUUUAAAUGAAUGCAUUUAUCAUAUCGCAAGCAGCCAGUUGAGAACGGUCUUACUUUUAACCUACCAAGCCUAAAUAAUAGUAUCUUUCACUCUAUUGAUUUAAUGUUUUGUGCGACUGUAAUCAUAUAGUGACUCUAAAAUAAAAUUCAUAAAUUCUACGAAAACCGA